CAACUUGGGCUUGGCAAUGACCGCAUAAGCGCUAACGAAACACGCUUCCAUCGAAACGAUUCGAGGAAAGCGUUUCUUGUUGUGUACAGGUCUUGUUAUUAAUUUGUUGCAUAUUCUGGUUGAAUUUGUUUGGUUUUUCAAUUAAAUAUUCGUCGAAAAAUAAUCAUGAAGAGAUCCACUGCUAAUGCUCCAAAAUUGUCUCCAAAACAUGAAAGCGAAAGUGAUCCUAAGAAAGUGAAGCUUGAAGAAGAGGCGAAGCCAACCGUUAAUCAAGCCCCAACUGGGCGGGAAAUUGUUGAAAAUUAUCUGAAAGGAGAUGUAACCGCUGCGGUUUUAUAUCGGAAAAUCUGCAAUGCACUGGAAACUUUCGAGCAAUGGGAAUCUGAAGCUCCGAAAAUUCAGCUUUUAGAUCAAUUUCUGAAUAUCGCGGACGCCAUGGAAGCGAGAACAGAGACACUUGUCAAAAGGCUUUUGAGUCUCCGAUGGGAUAAAAUUCCUGGAUCAGUGAUUGAGAGAUUCCGUAAUUUUCUCUGCGAACUUGCGAUCCGUCAUCUUUGUUUCACAGAAGAAGUCUAUUCUGCCGUCGUUGAACGACUUGUUCCCCAAAUUUCAGUAACUGAAGAGACAGGAGUCGUAACUCUAAUUCUCACAGAAAAAGUUCAAAAUGAGCAUUUUGAAAUGGCUCAUCAUAUCAUUUCAAGUGUUCUCAGAUGUUUUCCCCUCUCGGCUAGAGCUCUUCUGAAAUGUGUGAAACGAGUUAUGCCACAUUUUACACGUCCAUCUGUCACAGUGGCUGGCUAUAUGAGAAAUCUCAUUUUGAUGCAGAAAUACAUUCCAGCAAGUAUUUCCAAAGACGUUUGGGAAGCAGUUUUCGAACGGCUAGCUAAAGAUGAUACACAUAAUUGGAAAUGCGAGCAAAACGAAGAAAUGAGCAAAAGUCCUCGACUAUUCGCAUUAAAUGAUGAUAUUCUAAUAGAAGAAGUCGUUGAGGGAAAUACAAAUGAUUCAGAAGAUGUUACACCAGAACAAUUGGAACAAAGAAAAGGAGAACAAAUGAUUCAAUAUUUGGACUCAGUGUGCACGGAUGUUAUCACAUUCAUUAGAAGCUCAGUUGAUUCUGAAAUAGACGAAGAAAAUGGAAAUGAACGAACAAAAUUGAAUGACAAAUGGCUCAGAAACUUUAAAAUCACUGGAGACAAAGUACUACCCAAGGAGAAGCUUUUUGACACAUUUCUAGAAUGUCUUGAAUCGACAAUGCUCAAUGCAACUCAUGUUCAAUACGUCUCAUUUAUUUGGUUGUAUUUUUGUUCGUUAAGCCAGGAAUACGAGAAGAAAAUGUUGGAGCAUCUGUGGCAGGUGACCAUUCGAAUGCCAAGAGCCCCGGCUGAUGCGAGAAAAAGUCAGGGAGCUGCUUCGUAUUUGGCCGCUUUUUUGGCAAGAGCCAAAUAUGUCAAGAAGAGCACUGCAUUCACGUGGCUUGAAGAAGUGUACAUUUGGCUCCGUCACUACGUUGAUCAAUUCGGUUCUGGAAGUUCUCAAAUCCUUCCCGGACUUCAAAGACAUGGAACAUUUUACUCGGUUUCUCAAGCAUUUUUCCUCGUCUUUGCGUUCAGAUAUAAGGAAUUUGUCAAGAAUAAAGAUAUGCUGGAAACAAUCCGUCGCUGGGGAGUUGGAAGAGUUGUGCAUUCUCCGUUGGAGCCCCUGAAAUACGUGUCAAAACCAGUUGCCAGAUGCUUUUCAGCUAUAACAAGAUCCUUGCAACUUGUCUACUGUAAUCACAUCAUUCCAAUUGAAGAAGUUCAACGACCAUUUGAUGAUAUGUUCCCAUUUGAUUGUUAUCAUUUGAAAGAAAGCAGCAAGUUCAUGACUCCAUUAAUGCGAAAAUUCUCUCCAUUGGCGGAAGACAUGUCUACACUUACAAAAGCAUUGUGCUGGAAUGCUGCGACGGCUGAUAAAUCAGAAAAGUCAGCAGAGGCAGUUUCAAGUUCAGAAGGUCUCGAUUUCUUGGAUGAAGAUGAUGCUAUGAUGAUGGGUGGAUCCUCAGGAUACCGCGAACGUACAUUCUCCUGUGGACAAAGCUCGCUGAUCAACUACUCGGCAACUCCUGGACUACAGACUUUCAACGUCUAAAUAAAUAUCUGUUUUCCAUAUUUUAUUGUUUUGUUGCUGAUUUUCUCCAUGUUUUCCUUCGUUUUUUUCUGGCAUUUUCUUGAGUUACUUUUGUCGUUGAUUUACCUCAUUAAAUUGUAUUAUAUUAAUUUUUUUUCCAUUUUCAUUUUCUCCCCGGGACUUUUACGCGAAAAAAUUGUAGAAACUUCCCCGUAAACUUCCGUAGUCAUUUUCCCCGAUUUUUUUCUUGAAUGUCAUUCUCCAUUCUCUGCUCCAGUCUUAUCUUAGUUUCAAUUGUUUAAUUAAGACUUCCAAAUCUAUUAAUCAUUUUCCUUCAACGUUUAAUUUAAAUUUUUUACCCCGAAAAAUCAUAAAAAUUCAAAUGUUAGUCAUG